GGGUAGGUAUUUUUCGGAUUGAAACAAAACAAGAUAUAAGUAGGUGUAUAUUUGGUAUAAAAUUUUUACAGCACAAAUAUAACCAAUAAAAAAAAGUCAUUUAUUUAACAAAACUAAAGCUCGAAUUCCAGUUACAUUCUAAGAAUAAAAUUGGUCAAUGGAUCGACAACAGAUCGAAGUCUUCUUAUUAAAAAUUAUUGAUUGGUUUUUAUUUGUGAAUAAGCUUUCAUAAAAACUUUUAAAAAGUACAUAUUUCUUCAAUAAUGGACGGAUAAGUCAAACUCUUACCUAGGCACAUACAUAUUGAGAGAUGGCAAGAAUGUCGUUGCUUUAUUCAUUUAACUACAUAAAUAAACUAGUAAAAGUGAUGAAGAGCUAAUUUAAAUAAUUCAGAUCUUCAUAAUACGGUAAAGUCGAACAUUGUAAACAACCACAUUUCAACAAUAGAAAAGUUACAAAAAUAUAAUAAUAUUAUGUAAUACAAAAAUUUAAAGCUUAAUUAACUUAAAAAUAAUAAGCAAUGUAUUUGAUACAUAAAAAUAUGACUUAUUCUUUAGUAGUUAGACGUGAAAAUACUAAAAAGAUACAAUUAAAGUCCAUUUACUACGAUUAUUUUCUUAUUAACUACUAUUUAAGUAUAACAUUACAACAAAAGCCUAGUAUACAUUACUAGAGAACUAUUGGAAAGUCACAACAGUGGAAUGUAGGUACAUAAUAUAUUUGUAAAAAUGUAUACUGCAAGUAGAGUAACAUUUAGGAAUUUGAAAAGUACAUAAUAUAUUUGUAAAAAUGUAUACUGCAAGUAGAGUAACAUUUAGGAAUUUGAAAAGUCCUGGCAAAAAGCCUGAAUUGUCAAUAAAAGUCCGGACUUUUUAGUAACAAAAUGGAAACAUUACUCAGUUACAGUAUGUUAGGCAGGUAGCAGAAAACUGGACAAAUUCAAGAGCCGGAUGAAGGCCUAAAAGUCUCGUGAUGUCCGGAAUAAUCUGGACGGAUGCUAAGCCAAACUGCAAGCAACUUAAUUGGAAACAACGGUAACAUUUUCACUGAGAAAAAAUAAAUUUUCUAACUAAAUUCUUUUAAAUUCUCAGUGGACUCAAUUAUACGAGAGAAAGAGCCAAAUCUAACAUCAUACAAUUUCUAUGUUUAAACAAUGAAAUUCCAAUAGCACAGCUAUAAAAAUAAUUGAGUUUAUCGUACUAACAAUAACAUGACAGGCUACAACGCAAUAUCAAAAUUUUGCAAUCGAUUUUAGACUUUGAUUUCACUAAUAAGGUUGAAAAUCGAUUGAACAAUUUUGACAUAUUUGUGGUCUGGUCUGUGGCAGCUGCUUGGUGUAUUGUAUACAAAACGAACAUGUUUCUAAUAUCCUAAUAUAAAGCUGCUUGUUGGUAUGAAACAUAAUAUAGUUUGAAUUUGAACACGGUUUUAAGUUUAUCACUAAAAAUAAAUUAAAAUGAAGUCUAUUAUUAUAAACACUGUUAUGAUUGACAAGAAAUGUACAUAACAUAGUAAAUAUAAUUAAAAAUAAUCUUAAUUCAAUUAAUUAUCUACUAUAACAGUAUCACUUGUGGAAGGCACUUAAGUAAGGGCCUAUACUCUAUAACGACAAAACGUGUUUGCAGUGACCACCAAGCCUGCAACCUUAGUUGCUCUGUGUGCAUAUUAAGUUGGGCUUAAUGAUGCAACAAAUACUGGGAAACUAUACAAUCCCUGUUAAUCCUAUACUCAAUAUUGGUGUCGAUUCUGGCGUGAUUCUCUAAACUUAAAACUAAAUUUAAUAUCAAUUUCUCCUUUUCAUUCCGUAUAGAGAAUGACAAGGAUACACUGUUGUCAAAUUUAAGUUUAGGUUUAGAGAAUCGUUUCAGAAUUGACACCAUUGUAAAUGCUUUGAUUGUGUACCUUAUUAAUAAAUAUGUAAGUGUUCCACAUAUUUAUUAGUAAGGUACACAAUCAAACUAUAACAGCCCACUGUUUUUAGUUGUAAUAUAUGCCAGUAAAAUGGGAGAUUCUGAAGUCUACACAACAUCCUAAAUAACACAUUUUGCUUGUAGCACAUUGAAAAUUCGCGUUCAUGUUUUUUUUACAGUUACUACUACGUUAUUUACGUCUUCAACUACAAUGAGCAAAAGUACUAAUUCCUUUUGAUAUGUUAUUUUUUUAAUUACCACAUUUCCUUUCGGUGUAAUGAGCAAAUAUCAAUACUUAUUAGGUCAUGUAGGGGUCGCUUGUGGCUUGAUAAGCAGGAGGGCCCGGUGCUUGUGGGGUCGCACGAGCACUAUACGGGGGAGCGGGCGGCGGCGGCGCCUCCCACCCCCCCUCCGCGCCGUGAUACCCCCCCAUCGCACCGUACACUCCACCACCAUAGGGAGAUUCACACGGUGACACCGUCUCUACUUUACUAUCAUAGUUUGACAUCGCGUCGUACCCGCGUCCCACGUUAUCAUAUGACGGAAUGUUCUGUUCAUAAUUUCUUGACGACUCGUAAUUCCUGUUCGGCUCGUAAUUCUUAUUGGUCUCAUAGUUCUUAUUAGACUCGUAAUUCCUAUUCGGCUCAUAGUUGCGAUUGGACUCGUAAUUCUUCUCAGUAUCGUGGUUUCGAUCGGGCUCAUUGUAUGGACCGGCGACAUCGUAACCGGUAUUCUUGUUUAAACGGCGUAUAGUGUCGUAUCUAUUCGUAAUUAUGGGCACUGACUCAGUAGGAGGUGGAGGGUCGUAUGCGUCUUGGGAACGCGAUCCGCCGUCUCUCUCGAGAGCGUGGUAUGAUGAAGGGCGGGCUCCAUGGAAAUUGGAGUAAGAGGAAUGUGCUGAAGUGGGUCGAGAUGGUCUCGACUCUCUUGGAAGUGAUGCGUUAGACGCCAAGUAACCGUUAUUUCUGUAUGACCGUCUAUGUGAUCUUCUUACUGAUGACCCAGUACCACGAGAACCAGAACGACGUUUAACGCGACGAGGGGUCAUUGGUUUAAGAGAACUUUCACUUACUGUUGUUUGGGUGGGGCUUAAUUCAAUUGUAUAAACAGGGCGACGUGAUAAAGUUCCUUUAUCUAAAAACAAAGUUUAGUGUCAUUUAAUGUUUACUACAAAAUAAUUUCAAUUAUUUUCAUAAGAUGUACUUACCUGAUGCUAUUUUUCGUUUAUAAAAGGACUUGUAAGCCAGCAAUAUAGCUAAUGGCAAUGCCAAGGUAGUAAGUAGGGCAGCUAAUCCUGAUUGUGCUAAUUCCACAUGAUGCCACUCCAUAAAGCAACCAUCAACACGACUUGGUCUCCAUGUCCCAGGUUUAGCUGCUUCCCCCCAUACAGGUUGACAUCCCCAACCAUUCCACUCCCACCAGCUUACGCUGUCAGUACCCAAAGACAGCAAUCCGCUUUCCUGAUCAAUAAGCAAUAACGAUUAAUAAAUUAAUCAGAUUCUUUUUACCAUAACACAAAAUAUAAGUAACUGUAACUACGUACUCUGUUCAAAGAUCCCAAAUUCAAAUAAUAACAUAUUAAAAAGAUAUUCCAUGUCAACCACAUAAAACUCCAGAUUGCAUACUGUAAAAAAGAUUGUAUAUAUAUAUACAUUAUUCAUAUAUUUAUAUUUAGGUAAUCUAAGUUUUGAUUGUACAUACAUAUGUUUUGAAACUGAAAAAGAAAGUAAUAUUUUGAUGACCUCCUUGGCCGAGUGGUUUGUACGCCGGGUUUCAUGGAGUUGCCUACUCCAGAGGUCCUGGGUCCAAAUCCCGGUCCGUGCAGAUGUUUGUGUGAUGAAUACAAGCAUUUGUACUCCAGUCAUAGAUGUUUAAUAUGUAUUUCUAUAUAAAUAUACUUACUUAUAUAUGUAUUCUAUCCGUUACCCUAGUAUCCAAUAACAUAAUCCAUACAGUUCUUACUUUUGGGCUAGGCUAAUUGGUGUGAGUUUUGGAAAUAUUUAUUUAUUUAUUAUUAAUAUGUCAAAAGUACUCAGAAAUAUCAAAGGACAAUGGGCAAAACACACCCAGCUCCGCCAACAAUGUAAUUAGUAUGAAUUGAUAUAUCUACGAAAAGCUAGCCUUUUUUAUUAUGACACCGAAAAAAAAUAUCCCGGUAGUCAAAAGAUAUGACACCCUAAAUAAAUAUCCUGGUAGUCAAAAGAUAUGACACAUGGGCAUAUUUAAGUAGCUAAUUAAAUUCAUUUUAUAGUACCUUCAUUUUAUAUUAUUAGUAACCAUAAUAAUAAGACAUAUAAGCCAUAUACAACCAGAUAUACGACAAAGCCUGCCGACCAUCCUGCGCUUGAACUUACUGAGACACCUCAAAACAAUUUACGGGGGUUGAAGCACUUGCAGUUGCAAAUAGUCGACACGUCUUACUUCGUUGUGAUUGUGCGCUCCCUGUCACUUGAUUGAUUUUUAUAUAACACGCUUUGGACAUUGGAACACGAUUAUCGGUUUUGUGAAUUAGUAUGGAUGAACUGGAAUCAUGUUUUCUCUGAAGCGUGGACAAUUUUGUGUGAUUUAUGGGCGCUUCGUUUAACAUAGAAGACAAUUUACUAUAUCAAAAAGAAUGUUUGAAAAAACCCCAACCCAUGCGGGGAUUUUUCGAUUUAAUCUAGCGUGGCAGAAUAACAUAAGGGGGCACCCUUGCACCUUGUGAAGUACACCCAUAAUACCAGAGCCCCCUAUGUAGAGUCGAACUAUGUAACUAAAUUAAUUCCCUUUAUUUCAUUAUGUUCCUUCAUUAUAGUACUUGUACCUAUUUAACUUAAAAUAACUAAAGACCCCCGGGAUGGAAUUUCAUGCGCUUUGGCACAGAUAUACAUGACUAUAAUACCUUUCAAAUAAAUGUAGUUUAAGCCAUGGCGGAUGUGGGUGCAACGUCCAUACAUUUUUGCCCAUUGUCCUUUAUUAUAAUAAAGAUAUAAAUAAAGAUUUUGGUUUGAAUAAAGUACCAUUUGUACUUUUUUAUUGCCUUUUCUGGUUACUUUAGGUACAGUCCUUUUAUUAUCUUCGGAUUAUUUUAAGUACAGUAUCUAAAAUAGUAAGAAGAUAAUAAAAGUACUAUAUUUAAAAUAGUCAGAAGAGGCAAUAAAAAAGUACAAAUGGUACUUUUUGAAAACCACAAUCUUUAUUUAUGCAUAUAUUAUAAUAAAUUUGAUAUUUUUUUGUCAACAUGUUUGCAACUGUUGUAGAGUCAAAGAAAAUUUGAAUAUUCCUGUCAGGCACUGAAAUGGCUAUUAUCAAUAAGUAAGGUCAGACUUAAAAAAAAGGUGUGCUAUGUAAUAAAGUACAACUUCUCUUUGUACUUGCUUUGAGGGGCAAAACCUGUGGACUUAUGCAAACACACCCUGUAGACUAGUCUUGAUUUGUGGUCAUUUGACCACAAACUGUGAAAGUAUACAAUAACUUUAAUGUCUUAAAUCUAAAAUUGACAUAUUUUUUAAAGCCCUUAUGAGCUCUCCUCACCAUCUCCAACCUCACCACACUGCUUCAAGUAUUUGACAACAUUGACCCACAUUUGGGUUUAUUAUACACAAAUACUUACUGCCAAGAGGUAAUUGGUUAUGUAUUGUACAGCUCCGAAGGAACCGAAUAUAAUCAGUAAAAUAUUGACAAAAUUUGCUAUUAUUGGCAACCACAUAUACCCCAAAAAGUCGAAAACUUGUCUUUGUAUAGUAACAAUCUGUGAACAAAUUAGAAGCAGAUUAGAGAUUAUGUUAUAAAGGAAUAAACAGAAAUUAAUAAAGUUCACAUUCAUAACAUUGCAAAGUACCAAUUCCAGGAUGCAAACGAUCAACAACAGUGUCCUCAGACCACAUACAGCCAUUGUUGCAAAACAGCACGUUAUUCUGGAAUACGUAGAUUUCUCUCGUUUUCGAUCCUCAAAAAUAAAGUCAUUUUCAUAAAUGUUAUGUUGCAAAUCAUGAAAAUAAUAAUUUUAACUAGCAAAACAUGAUUCAAAUCGCAACUCGAUCUGUGUACAGUACAGGUACAGACAGAGUACAGCAGUGUUGCCAACUCGGAUUUUGAAAAAGGCGUAGGCCCGAUGACAAAAUUACGUAGAAUUAGUAAAAUUUGCAUAUGAAAAGUUCGUAGAUCUACGUAUUUUUCUCUUAGAGAAGUUCGUUAUAUUUUGUUAUACAAUUUAUUUAAAAAAAGGAGAUAGAACAUAGAAUUCUUGGAGAAGACGCUACAUUGGCAGCAUUUACCAUGCUGUGGUAGACAUUUACCAUCAGACACAGACGCGGCUAGGUGUCAAUUUUGGCAUAAUUCUCUAAACUUAGCACUAAAUUGAACAUCAGUCUCUCCUUUUCAUUCUGUAUAAAGAAUGACAAGAAUGCACUGUUAUCAAAUAGGGUAGUUGACACUUUGAAAUUAUGUUUUAAAUGGUUAAUAAUUGUUAUAUUAGACCGAAAAAAAUGUAUUGUAGUAAUUAUCAUGAUUAGCGAGAAUGUAGAAUCACAACGUUAAAGACUCCAGAAAAGUUGUGGUUUAAAUUGCCCAGAGAAAUAAACAUAUCUACACAUGAACACAUGUUUAAAACUUGCUAAAUCCUGUAACUUUAUCGACUGAAAGUCAUUUCUUUUUGCAAAGAUCACUUCGGUGUAAUGCAAUAAUAUUUUUAGUUUUUUUUUUUUUAAUUUUAUUUACUAAGUAAGAGAGCUUUGUCGUUUCUGCUUUUACAAAUUUGGCGUCCAGCAUUAAUUUAGUCAACAAAACCAAAAAAUAUGGGUGCGUGUACUUAAGUACGCGCGUGAGAAGUUAUACUUCUUUUUGGAAUUAUUAAAAAAUAGUUUUUAAUUGCAUGCAGAUAAUUAAUUACAAUAAGAUAAUAAAAGGAUUGGAAAAGGAUAGUCAACGCAGUCAAUAAAGAUCAGUUUUAAUUUGAAAAAUUUUAUAAAUAAUCAAAAUAUUCAAUUUAAAUCACUACUGAAUUUAAGUUAUUAGUCCAUAUGUAAUUAGCACUUGUAAAGUAACUAAAACACGUUGUGUCUAUAUAGAAACUAAAAACAUGUGGAUAAAUAUUAUAAAUAUGAAAACAGUGAUCAGAGGCGACGAGCGUGCCAACAUUGUUUUUGACAACGCGAUCAUCUUAUGGAACUCCGUGGAUCGUUCAAAGUACCUUUCGAACAGAUGUCUAAUAAUGGUGGAUUAUUAACCACUAAGUGGUUACAAUUUAAUUUAAUUUAAUUUACACUAACAUUCAUAACGUGCCCGCGGCCAACUUCAUGGUGUUACUAUUGUGUUACAGUGAUGCGCGCGCAUCUCGAAAUUUCACUCACAUGAUUUUUUCAUAACGCGCCCGCGGCUAACUUCAUUAUGUUACUUUUGUGUUACAGUGAUGCGCGCGCAUCUUAAAAUUUCACUCUCAUAUUUUUUUCAUAACGCGGCUAAAGAAGUAUAACUUCAAUAAACGGAAACUCUUCUACAAGAUAUAAGAGUCUUUAGAUAUAUUUUAAUCCGACGAAAGAAACCAUAGUAACACAACAACGACGUUUAGUUGUUUACAAAUUUUGUGCCGUCGCAAUCAUGGCGGACAGCGUUUUCAGUGUUUAAAAAGUACAGACUAAAUUUUUUUUUUAAAUUAGAUUACUACAGCCAUCUUCUGAUUUUAUGAAGUGAAAUCGAUGUAUUUAAGUUCCUCGUACCAAAAACUAUAAGAAAUAAACAUUUGUAUAUAGUUUAUAAGUAACGGAAAAUAUGCUUCCGUAUUCUAGUUAUAUAGUUAUGUUAUUUUGCAAAUUUGUACAAAUUAAAGAAAAUACGUAGAUUUUGAGACUGAAGUUAGUAGGUUUGCAAAAAAGGCCUAAAAUACGUAGAUCUACGUAAAAAGAUGUAGAGUUGGCAACACUGGAGUACAGAGAACCAAGUACGAAUUUUGACAGCUCCGUUAUCGAGUUGUCAUUGCCAAAAUAUGGAAGGAGCCAGUUUGUUCCUACGUCCGGUAGGGGCGCUGUUUCAUGUUCUUUUAAUCAAUCGAUGCGAUAGUGUUCGGCCACAGAGCAGGCUGGUUCAGACUCAGAAAACAAGCGCGAGAAAUAAACAGUGUAGUUUCAGCAGGAUGCCGUAUGUCUUGCACUUUUGCUGGGGUUUUCCGUGCCCUUUUUCGAGGAGCGGGAGAUACAUUUUUACUGGUAGGAGUACCCGUUCUACUUAACUUAGGAAUAUUUCCUCUAGACAAGGUAGUUGUACCGGGAUUACUGAUACUAGGACGGCCUCUUUUUCUUGAGAUGCUUUUGCCAGCCUUGCAAUAACGUUCAGAAAUAGCGAGCUUGAAGUCAAAUAGUAUUAAGUUUUAUAUUUGAUGGGCAAUUAACAUAAACAAAGUUGGAAAUAUAAUUAAAUAUAAUAGUUUUAUUUGAUAUUUACAUAAAAGACACACAAGACCUAAAUAUAUUUUUACAAGACAGCUGACAAUGUCAACUACUCUCUUUUAUAGUCUUAGAGAUCUAUGAAGAGUGUAAAGACUCUUUAUUACUCGUGGUAUAAUAAAGGCUGUCCUCUUAACACCCCCAGGACUUUUAGGGACUGAUACAGUUCAAACCUUGGAGUCCAAUUCUUUUACUUAGAUCUCGAAGUCUUGGUCCAAAGAGAGGUUUUGUGAUCAUAUCGGCGAGUUGCUUUUCCGAGGAAACUUGUUUCACAGAUAGUUCACCCUUGGUGACACAUUCUCUUAUGAAAAAAUGCUUGAGCUUUAUAUGUUUUGUUCUUUUAUGAUAUUCGCAGGGAGGAUUUUCUGAUAAUUUUAUCGCAGAUUCAUUAUCUACAUAUAUGACUGGCUUUUUGACUUCUGUCAGUUCUUCUAAGAGUCCUUGUAGCCAUAUAGUUUCCCGGGCAGUUUCGGAGAGCGCUAUAAGCUCAGCUUCUGUAGAAGAUAUGGCUACAGAAGAUUGUUUCUGACUCUUCCAGAAAAUUGGUCCAGAAAACAAGAACACCAUGCCUGUAGUAGAGUGUCCAGUAACAGAGUCUCCACCGUGAUCUGCAUCGCUGUAGCAGAUUAGCUUUCUGACUUUUUCAUUUCUAAAGAUUAGUCCGGUGUCCAUAGUUCCCUUCAAAUAUCUUAGAAUUCUUUUUACUUUUAAAAUAUCCAUCUGCGUUGGAUUUUCAAGAUGUCUUGAAGCCAUACUCACUGCAUAGUUGAUGUCAGGUCUUGUGGCGACCAUUAGAUAUGCCAGCGCACCUACCGCUUGGCGAUAAGGAAAGUUUAUGUUGGUUCCUUUGUCAUCAUCCUCCUUCAAGGUUUUUACAGCAGGAGAUGGAACGCUUUUGCAGUCAAUCAUGCCAAACCUUUCUAAUAUUUUCUUGGUGUAAGACCUUUGGUGUACAGUUGUAUCACCAUCUUUAGAUUUACCAAUUUCGAGACCAAGAAAAUAGCUGGCUGGUUUUCUUGUGAUUUUGAACCGCUGCUUUAAUUCCUUUAUGAAAUUAACGCCUGUUGCUUCACUACUUGACGCUACUAAUCCAUCGUCAAAGUAGAGUGCAAUUAGUACUUGGUUUCGUAUAUAAAGGCAAGGGUCAUUAGUGCAUUGUUUAAAUCCAGAUUCCACCAGAUACUGCGAUAUACAGGUGUUCCAGCACAAAGGCGCUUGUUUUAGGCCAUAAAGACUUCUUUUCAGCUUGCAUACUCUCUCUGUGCCAUCAUUGAAGCCUCAGGUUGGUUCAUGUAGAUUUCCUCUUUGACUGUUCCAUUGAGAAAAGCUGUAGACACGUCAAAUUGCUGUAAUUUUAAAUUUUGUUGUGCAGCAAUCCCCAAAAGUGCUCUAAUUGUGCUCAUCCGGACUACUGGACUAAAAGUCUUUUCGUAGUCAAUGCCAGGUUUUUGUGAAAAUCCUUUGACAACUAGUCUCGCCUUAUAUCGUUCGAUUGUACCAUCUGGGCAUCUUUUUAUUUUAUAAACCCAUUUGCAGGGUAGUGCUUUUCUAUUCUUAGGUGAGUCGAUGAGAUCCCAAGUAUUCAUUUCAUUUAGCGAGUUCAUUUCACUCUGCAUGGCUUGUUUCCAACUGCUAUAUUCUUUGCUUUUCAUAGCGUCUCUGAAUGUCUGAGGUUCUUCCAUAGCAUCCUCAUUUAUAGCAGUUAAAACAUAGUCCUCAAAUCUUUUUAGUGGGACAAUACGCGACCUGUCACGAAGAUUUCUUCCAUCCGAUUCAACGUUAGUCGCCUCAUUUAAAGAAUUAUUUCGUAUAUCUUCUAUAUUCUCAUUUGUUUGAGUUUCCAUUUGUGACUCUGUGUAUUCAUCAUUUUCAAUUUCUUCAGGACAGAGUAUACCGGAACUAUCAAUCGUCUCAUUUUGGACAGGUUGUUCUUCAUCAUUAGUAUUUCUAGGUUCGCUGUAAAUUUUUACUUCUUCCCAUCAAUUUCGGGGAAAUGAUUACUUCUGCAAGAUCCUUUAUCAUCGUCAUAGAACAUUUUUCUUAAAACCCGUACAUCUCUGGAAAUUAAAAUUCUUCUUUUGGAUGGUACAUAAAUUCUAAAAGCUUUGGAUACUUCUGAAUAUCCCACGAACAUUCCAGGGAUGGCUUUUGAAGCAAAUUUUUGACGACCUUUUUCUUUUAUUAAAAUGAAGCUUUUUUCACCAAAUAUAUGUAAAUGGUUUAUGCAGGGUUUUCUUCCUACUCACAAUUCAAAUGAUGCUACUUGUCCAAUACUUUGAUUAACGCUCCUGUUUGAUAAGUAAUUGGCUGUGUGAACAGCUUCUGCCCACAGAUGUAAUGGUGCUUUCGACUCUAACAUCAUACAUCUUGCCUUUUCAAUCAAGGUUCUAUUUUUUCUUUCGGCAAUGCCGUUUUGAUGAGGGGUGUAUGGUGCUGUCAAUCUUCUUGAUAUACCAUUCUCUUUCAGGAAUAUGUUAAAGUCUCGGUUACAAUAUUCUGUGCCAUUGUCAUUUUGUAGGAAUUUUAUUCUAUUUCCAGUAAAGUUUUCAACAAUUUUCUUAUAUUCCUUAAACUUUUCAAGUACUUCAUUUUUGUGUUGUAUAAAAUAUAUAUAACAGUAUCUUGAAAAAUCAUCAAUGAAUGUAACCAUGUAUUUAUUUCCAUUUAAUGAAGCUGUUUGCAUGGGUCCACAUAUAUCGCUGUGUACAAUUUCGAGUCGCUGAUUGGUACGGGUAAUUGUGCUAGACUUGCUAGGUAUUCUACUUAUUUUUCCUUGAAUACAAAUUUCACAAUCGACCAAUUUGUUUUUAUCGUCAAAAUUCAACCCAAUCAGUAAAUUAUUACUCAAAGCAUGCUUCAUGUUCUUCUCUGACAUAUGUCCUAAUUUUCUAUGCCAUAAUUGUAUAUCAUCAGAUUUGUUUUCUUUUGUCUGAGUAACAUUAGCUUUUUCCCGACGAUCAGUAUUAUUAUUUUUGGUACGUAGAUAAUAUAAGCCAUCGUUAGAUCUUUUAACGUUUAUUUCAACAUUGCACUUUUUAUUCUUUAUGAUUGCUCGUUCUUUAGUAAAUGUUACAGUAUUUCCAGCGUCAGUUAGCUUUCCGACUGAUAGAAGGUUAGUACAUAGACUUGGUACAUAAAGAGCAUUUGCUAUGCCUAUUAGUCCUUGCUUAGUCUCUAUUUGGGCCGGACCUGAUCCUUUGAUUUCAGCCGUGUGCUCUUUUGACGCUAAUUUUAAUGUUUGGUUCACAUUUCUCAUAUUUGUAAAUGGUUUAUCUGAAAAUGUCAUGUGAGACGUGCAUCCGCUAUCCAAUAUCCAACCGUUUUUCAUUUCUUGUUGAUAAAAAGAAAAACAUGUAAAGUUAUUCUUUUCCUUUUGAUUUAAACUAUUUUGUCUAUAGUUUGAAUUUUUCUUGUUCUUUUUGUUUUUAUUUUUAUUUUUAUUUUUAUUUUUAUUUUUAUACCAACAUUUUUCUUGUUCAUGUCCCUUUUUCUUACAUAUUUUUCAGAAUGCAUAAAAUGUUUCUUCGACAUUACUUGAACUUGUAUUAGGUUGGAUGUUUCUAUUGCGAGCAUCACUUUCUUCAAUUAUUUUAAUUUUUAACUUUUCUGGACUUAUUAGUGAGUCUUGCGAUUCUAUUGCAAUUCUAAAAUUCUCAUACUCGUUUGAAAGGCUAUAUAGCAUCGUUAUGGACAAUAAGUCACUAUUGAUUUCUAUAUCUAAGUCUUUUAGUUUGUCUACCGUAUCCAUGAAGUCCUUCAAGUGUUCACGAACAUCUGCAUCAAUGCCUAGUCUAGUCAAUAUCAAUUUCUUUAAUAGAGUUCUUUUCUGGCAGGCCCUUGACUGGCAUAUACCUUUUUGAGUUUUUCCCAAACGUCUUUUGCGUGGAGACAGUUCUUUACUUCUUUUAAUUUAGUUGAUGAGAUCAGUAACAGUAACUCGGCUUUCGCAAGUUCAUCAUUUUCUUUUUCAGUAUCUGAAUUCUCAUCAGGAUACUUCGUUACAUAUUUCCAUAAUUUGUUUUUUAUUAAAUAUGCUUUUGCAUGAAUUACCCAUGUGUCAUAAUUUUCUUUUCCAAGUGGAAACAUUUUUAUGAUCGACAUUUUCUUUCCUGUAAACGCGGUAGCAGUGCGUUUUCAUUAUUAAUUUGCAGUUUCUGAGAACAUUUACCAUAGUAGUGUAUAUUUUUUUUAUACCAUCAGAAAGAAGAGAUUUCAACAAUCAAAAAACACCCCAACUUUUUUAAAAAAGCAGAUAUUUUGACGUGAGAAUUUUCGAUUGAAAAUAAGGGUGCUUUUUCGAUAUUAAGUCAAAAUAAGGUGAAAAAAUGAAUAUUUUAAAUCAAAAAAAUUACUGUAUAUUUGGGACAUACAAAGGUAAGUUUUCACUAAAUUUCGUGAAAAAAUAUUUUUUUUUGCAAAAAAUAAAAAUCAAAAACCAAAAACUCGGUUAUUCGCAUUUUUCACAUAAAUUUUGAGGUUAUGUGAAAAAAGUGUCGAGAUAAAAGUUGUAGAUCUUUUUAUUACCUACAACUUUGCUAUUUACUUUUUUUCAUAGGACUUGCAGUUUUUCCGGAAAUCGAGAUUAACCAUUUUUUAACCUUAAAAACUCACCCCCUCCCCCUUCCCGACCUCAGAUCGCCCGUAAUUUAUAUUUCCUUUCAUUUUUGUUAUAUUCUCUACCUUUUCUAAUGGGUUUCAUCCUACUAUAAUUUUUUUUGGUCUCAAAAGUUAUCGACCCUGGUCUAUAUUAAGUUUUAUAUUUGAUGGGCAAUUAACAUAAACAAAGUUGGAAAUAUAAUUAAAUAUUACUAUAGUUUUAUUUGAUAUUUACAUAAAAGACACACAAGACCUAAAUAUAUUUUUACAAGACAGCUGACAAUGUCAACUACUCUCUUUUAUAGUCAUAGAGAUCUAUGAAGAGUGUAAAGACUCUUUAUUACUCGUGGUAUAAUAAAGGCUGUCCUCUUAACAAAUAGUGACAUGUAUAGGUCAGUCUUGCGUCGCCACAGUAACCAAGCAUUAACUGCACAUAUAUCAACCAAGUGGACUGUUCCGGAUAAAUAUUAUCAAAUCUUCUGUGAAAAAAAAAUUAUAAAUUCGGCAGCUAAAAUGGCGUCCGAGACAUUAAUUCCACUUGAAUCUAAUCCCGAAGUAAUGAAUAAAUUUCUUCAGAAGUUGGGUGUUCCAAAUGCCUGGAGUGUAGUAGAUGUAAUGGGCUUAGAUCCUGAAAUGCUUUCUUGGGUACCUCGUCCUGUUGUUUCGGUUUUGUUACUUUUUCCUACAUCUGAUGCUUAUGAAGUACAUAAACAAAAGGAAGAAAGUGAAAUAUUAUCUAAAGGUCAAGAAGUUGAUAAAGAUAUUUUUUAUAUGAAGCAAAAUAUCAGCAAUGCUUGUGGAACUGUUGCUCUUGUGCACAGUGUUGCUAAUAACACUGAUAAAAUUAAUUUAGAAGAGGGUUACCUGAAGAAAUUUUUAGAUGAAGCUAAAAGUCUCGAUGCUGCCUCACGUGGUACAUUGUUAGAGCAGUCGCAAGGUAUAAUUGAUGCCCACAAAGAACUAGCACGAGAAGGUCAAACAAAUACACCAAGUGCUGAAGAACCUGUUAAUUAUCAUUUUAUAUCUUUUAUACAUAAAAACGGAGUUUUAUAUGAAUUAGAUGGCCGCAAAGCUUUUCCAAUAAAUCAUGGACCUAGUUCUCCAGACACCCUGCUGGAGGAUGCUGCUAAAAUUUGUAAGGAAUUCAUGGCUCGUGAUCCUGAUGAAGUUCGUUUUACUGUUAUUGCAUUGACUGCUUCAGAUUAGGAAUAUGUAAUGCAAUAAUUUAUAACAAUAUAGCAGUUAUAAUAUUAUUAUGAGCUUGGCUAGAAUAUGAAGAAUAAAUAAUGCAUUGCUUUAUAUGUGCAAGGCUAACCAAAUUCUCUUAUUAAUAAAAAUUGUGAUUCUUAAGCAAAGUCAAGCUUCGCAAAGCAAGCAAUUGUGAUACUUAAACAUUUAUUUUCUUAUUAAAUAAAUUAUUAAUUAAUUCUUUUUAUUUAUUUUCAAUUGAAUAAUGUUUUAUAUUAUCUUUGAGAUGACAUUUACCAUGCUUAUUGAUACAAUUUUGGUACUAAUACAACAUAAAGGCUGCAUCAUAGUAAGUGGCCACCCACCAAAAAACUCACAGGUGCACUUGCAAUACUAGAGCAGCACUUCAGCCUACUGUUCCAAAGGUCCUGGGUUCAAAUCCCGAUAGAUAUUUAGGUAACAUUUGUGUGCUGCCAUUUGCCAUUGUGAGCAUGCCAUAGUGCAAACUGCCUUGUUUGGGACUGAAUGUUUACAUUGUCUGAAUAACAACCUGCCUGCCUUCGUCAUUAACACUUCGCUCAGCAUCUAUGUUAUCAUCUGGAAGUAAACAAGGCUUUAUUAUAUGCCACUGCAAAAGAUACUGUAUUGAUAAAAAGUGCAAGUGUCGCUCCAAGAAUAUAAAAUGCAACUCAAAAUGCCACAGUAAUAGUUCCUAUAAAAAUAUAUAGCAAUCAAAUACUUAUUUUUCACAAUUAUAGUAAUUUCUAAUAUAAAUAAUUGAUUUAAGUAUAUUGUUGUUGUUUAUUGGUGAUCAAUAAACAUUCAUGUUUGUGUUAAAUAUUUUUAUUAAUUAAAAGAACUUGAAAUUGUCAUAAAUAAAUUAAAAUCCCUCGUUAUUUUAAGUGAAUUAUAAGUAAUUUACAAAUUAUUAAUAUUUUGUGUUCAGUAAUUUAUUACUUAAUACGUUGAUUUUUUUAAAUAUAAAGUAAUCUCAAUAAAUAACAAAUUUCGUUUUAUUUUAAUUUAUAUAAUUAUAUAUAUUUAAUAAUGACAAACACGUUAUGCAUUGAUUUUAUAAAAUAAAAAAUAUUUCCUAAAGACAUUUAACAAAACGUUUCCAGCCUAGGCCUAGUAGGAUCUAUAUCGGAAAGUAGUGUGCUUCGUAAUCAAAUAAUAUUCCAUACGCGUCAUGGCUUUUCUUUAGGCAUGCGUCCGAUAUAUCAAAACGAAUCCAAAAUCCGAUUUCAAACACAAAUCGAUACCGAACGAUUUCUCAACAAGAAAAUCCGAUUUCAGAAAUCUAACCGAACCAAAACGCUAGCGAUCUAAUACCACAAGUAUCCAAAUGUAAAUCGGAUUCGAAAUUCAUGCUUUCGUUUUCAGAAGUCAGAUUUCGUGCUCGGAAGUCCGAUUUCGAUUUGCUGUUUACGGAAAUCUAUUGCUCUUCUCUGAGGCGGGAUUAUUUAUCACUGAAAAGAUAUGUCGUCUAAAAACAUCAAAAGUCGAGCAUCUUACAUUUUUGGACGCUAACCUGAAGUAAUUAGGUUUGAUUUUGUAAAUGGUUUGAAAAAUAAUAAAAACAAACAGAAAAACAAAAAAAAAUACUAAAAAAAUAUGUAAAAAGAAAUCAUUGUAUAAAAGCCGAUUUUUAAAUGCGCCGUAAAAGUUUUACUCUUAACCCUAAACAUAACUUUUCUGCUAGUCCUAAGCCUAGAUUUAAAGCAUGAAGGAAAAUCGCGAAAAUCUACGAGUAUCCUUGCUUCCUACAAUUAAUUGUUUGUGAUUGUCGUUAGCUAAUAAAACCAAAUCAUAACCACAAACUAGUGAAUUGGCUAAGUUCGGCACAUCUGAAAUCGGAUAUCUAAAAACGGAUUUUAAAAUCGAUUUUGAAAUCUGAAAUCCGAUAAAUAUCCGUUUGCGUUCAAAACCAAAAACGCCCAUGUCUACUUUUCUUCAUUGCCACAACGCGUUGAGAUCGAAUAGCAUGUCAGCCCCGACGCGAAUUUCGCUAUUUCGUCUUUCUGUGAUUGCCACAACGCGUCGUGCGCGUUUUCAUUAGAGCCAUAACACGAAUUUCGCCAUGUGGAUGUUUUACUGUGACCACAACGCGUUGUGCGUUGUGAGCUAUUUUUCCGCUCACUGAGCGUUUUCGAUCUUUGAGUUCUGUGAGCGUAACAACUGCAUUAUCAAAUCUGUCAAAACCAGUGUUUCCACUUUAAUGAUUUCCUUUUUCCACACCUCAAUUCAGAUUUCCCCUUCUUAGGACAUUUUUCCCCUCAAAAAUUAUUCUGCUGUAGUUUUAAGAUUUGGCACUAGUGUUAGCAACUAAAGAAAAAAAGGUCUUAAACUAUAACAGAUAAAUAAAAUCUGCACGUGCUGCCACAGUUUCUUUUAUACGGCAACACUAUGGUCCACGGUAUAGUCCAUAAAAAAAUUAUUCCGUGCCACAUUAUUUUAGGCUAGGCUUUAAGCCCGUCACAGACGUAGCUAUAAUAUAUAUUAAUAUAUCGAAAUAUAUACUAUAUGAUAGCUAACUACCACAGACGGGAGCUAUACUAUAAUAUAUAUUUUGCCCUCACUCGGUCUGCGGUCGUUUUUGCAAGCGCACGGUUUUAAAGCUUAUUUUCUAGCACAGGGUGUUUUAAUUUUGAAAUAACGUUAUAAUCGAUCUUACCGAAAUGAAUUCGACAAGAGCACUACUUUUAGAUUUAAUUGAAAGUUCCUCAGAGGAUGAUUCCGAUGCUGAAUUUGAUAUGCAUGUUGCCUUGUCAGGAACGAAAAAUAGAAGUUGAAUAUUCCGUAUUAUACUAAUAUGCCAAAAUAUAUCCCGUCACAGACGUAGCUAUAUAUAUUUAUAUAUCGAGAUAUUAUAUUAUACAAACUAGGAUGGUUGACCCUAUAGUUGACCACGCACCGGUUGUUGACCACUUGCGGCUUUGAGUGUUAAUAUUAAGCUUUCCCGCGAUUAAGCGUUUCAUUUCAUGUUGGCUACAUCUUGUUGGUACUAAUACAAAUCAACCAAUCACAUUACGACUAGAAAGAGACAACCAGUGAAAGCUACAAUUUAAUUUUGUUUUGACUUGUCGCUGACAGUUGCCAUUCAGCCGCCAUUGUAGUAAGGAUAAUGUUUAGAAAGGUAAGAACACUUUUAAUUUAUUUUGUAUUGUUUUUUAAUGAACUUGUUCGGAUGAUUGUUUUUUGUAAUCAUUUUAUGUUUAUUAUAAAGAUUUCCAAUGAAUUUCAAAUGCAAACGAUAUAUUUCAUGAGUUAUUUUACUGGUUAACAAAAGGUACAUGAUUUGAUUAGGUGCUCCGGUGAUUGACCAAUUGGUCAACGAUUAGUACACUGAAGUGGUACUCUUUUUUUUACUUUUUUUAUCAGUUUCAUGUCCAGAAUAUGAGAUGUAAAUCGACUAUCAAUUUUAAAGCAGUAAAUUGCUUACGUUUCCAUUAGUUGACCAGUGGUUUGACAUUGGUACUGCAUACAAAUCCUAUAAUUGACCAAACUCUUAAUAUGAGUUUUGUUUUCUUGUUUUAGAUACAAUAUGCCACCAAAAAAGAAAUUAAAAUUAAUAAUAAUGCUUGCAACUUGUCAGAUCCUCAAUCAACAGCAGAUAUACAUAAUAAACGGGACUUUAGUUCUGAAAAAGAAUGCACAAUGCCUGCAGAAUUACCACUAAAAAAAGGUGGUAAUAAAAGGUUCAAUAGAAAGCGAUUGCCAGAUGUAGUAACAUCAGUAGAGUGGAUGCAAUACUGGAAUGAAAAAAAUAAGGAACAAGAAGAAAAGAAAAUAGGAAAUUACCAAGAGAAGAAAAAAAGAAGUUUCAAGAGUUGAAAAAAGUUGAGAAACCUAAAACAAAACGAGUAAAAAAGAGAGUUUAGAAUAGAAUUGAUUCUGAUCCCGAUGAGGAUAAUUUACCUUUGAUCAAUUUAAUUACAGUAAUAAAGAUAGAUCAGACGAGGAAAUAUGAUCAUAUGUUAUAGUAAACUACGAGGGGAGUAUUUUCCCGGGAUUGUCAAAAAUAUUGACCAAAAGAGUAAAGAAGUUAGUACGAUGGUGAUAUCAACUUCUAAUACUUUUAAAUGGCCAGAUAAAGAAGAUAAAAUUUGGUAUGCUAAUGACAGCAUAGUGGAGAAAAUUAAUGCUCCUGUGUCAAUUAAUAAUAGAGGUUCAUAUAAAGUACCAGAAAUGGCCAAGUAUCUUUUUUGGAUCUGAUUCCUUUUUUAAUUUUGCAGUUUUUAAUUUUGAAUCAUUACGUGAAUUUAAUUAUGAAAUUAAUUUUAAUUAUUAAAAAAAAUAUUUAAGCUUGAUAUUAACAAAGAAUUACUUCAAAAAGUUCAAAGUUUAAGUGAAGUUAUGAUUCGUUAUUUUAUGGUGAUUUGAAAAUUUGCCAUUUAGAUUUAAUUAGAAAUUAGUAUUACUAUUGUGAUUGUUGAGACUGACCUUAAUUUAAUUUACUUAUUGAUCUCAAUUAGUUCUAAGACCAAACCAUAAAGUUGAUUAUAAAAUACGUCUGCUUUUAAUUGUGAAUGUAGUUAUUAUUUCACUUUUUUAUAAAUGGUCAACCUCUGGUACAAAUCUUCAUAACAACUGGGGCCGGCUGGUCAAAUUAGGGUACAUCCCAGUUUUAUACCGAUUAUCUUGAAUAAUAAAAUAAACAAAAAGAAAUCAAAUAUUUUCCUUCUUAAAUACAACUUAUAACUAGGUAACUUACAAUAUAAAAAAUAAAUUACCAAUAAAUAUCGCUGUUAGGCUAUAUAGCAACAUUUUAAAGUUAAUAAUUUCCUUUAAUUGGUUUGAGACCGGGACAUCCACCCUACCACAGACGGGAGCUGUACUAUCUAUACUUCUAUACUAAUAUUAAAAAGCUGCAGAGUUUGUUUGUUUGUUUGAACGCGCUAAUCUCUGGAACUACUGGUCCGAUUUGAAUGAUUCUUUCAGUGUUGGGUAUUCCAUUUAUCGAGGAAGGCUAUAGGCUAUAUUUUUUUCUUUCAAAAUUAGGGAUCCGUAAUAAAAUAGCUAUUUUGUAACACAAGGUGUAAAAUCGAAAACCUAUUUUUGCGUGCGCUGCAAAAACUAUUGACAAUAGAACUGAUGUACUACGGGUUUGUAGAUCCCAUUAAGACCUACAAAAAAGUCUGCGAGAACAUAUAUCUAGCUAUCAUGGUUUAAUCACAAUAACCGAUUUUGUGUUCAAAAUAAUUAUUACAUCGUCUGAAGAAAAAAAACUACGUUAAAUAUGUAUCGUAAUAUUAAUAUUUAUCGAAAUUAAGCAUUAUGUUAUCAAGAGUAUUUAUGUAGAAGUAUAAUACUUUUUGUUUCAUCUCAAUUGGAUAUUUCGUUUAAAAGUUAUCACGUGUGUAAGAUGUUAAGAGUUGGUACCUAUUAAUGAGUUAUGGGCCAUAGAGUUUUUUAUUAACAUAAAAUCCUGUAAUAAUCUUUUUCGAAAUAUAUUUGUUGAUGAUUGUAAGUAUAAGAUCUUUGAAGAGUAUAAUAAACACAUUUCUAAAAAAACUCUGCUAAGGAAAUCCACGCGCGCUUGCUUGCAUAUUUUAUCUCAGUAUUUCCACGGAAACGAGAAAAACGCGGGUGAAACCGCGGGGCACGGCUAUAAUAUAUAUUUUGGCAGGCGUUCGGUGAAAAAUGAAACAUAUCGUAUCAUAAAAAUAUAUCAAAAUAUAUAUUAAUAUACCAAAAUAUACACUAAUAUGCCAAAAUAUAUCUGUCGACAUAUUUUGGUGACGUCAUAGAAAUAUAUAUUAUAGCUGCGUGUGCGGUCACUCGAAAAUUUAUAUUGAAAAUAUGUUGUAAUAUGUCUUGCUAUACUUAACUUAACGUCUUAAAGCCCGUCACAGACGUAGCUAUAAUAUAUAUUAAUAUGAAUCAUAGCAAGACAUAUUACAACAUAUUUUCAAUAUAAAUUUUCGAGUGACCGCACACGCAGCUAUAAUAUAUAUUUCUAUGACGUCACCAAAAUAUAUCAACAGAUAUAUUUUGGCAUAUUACUGUAUAUUUUGCCAUAUUAAUAUAUAUUUUGAUAUAUUUUUAUGAUACAGUAUGUUCCAUUUUUCACCGAACGCCUGCCAAAAUAUAUGUUAUAGUACAGCUCCCGUAUGUGGUAGUUUGUUUAAUAUAUUAUCUCGAUAUAUUAACAUAUAUUAUAGCUACGUUAGUGCAGUCAUUGAAGCAUUAUUGCUCCGAAUUUUUUCACUGUGAACCGAAUUGCAUACAAUUUUGGAAUUAGGUUCAACUUACCCUUAACUUCAAAAGUGAAAAUGAUUUGAACUCCGCAACCACCCUGGGGGUGGUUGCCACCCCUUCUCGGGGGUGAAUUAUUUUUUUUUUCAAAAUAACCUCGGAUAUCGAUAGAAAGCCUAAUUUUAAGCAAAAAAUCAUCUAUAAAGUUUUUCAAAAAAUCCAAUACUUUUCAAGUUACUGGCAAUUGAAAAUUCAAUUUUUUUUCCCGUUUUUCAUCGGCAUUUUGCAAAUAUCUCCAAAAAUAUAAGUUUUAUCGAAAAUAUAAUAAAGCACAAAAUUGUAGCAGAUAAAACAAUGAACAAUUUGGUUUUUUAUAAAGUAUUCUAAGUGCAAUAUUAAGCUAGAUAUUAAAGAUCAUAGCCGUUUUUUAUUUUGUCUGAAAUUUAAUCGAUGUGGUCAAUGCCAUCUAGCGGCGAGCAGAUGCAUUUUAUGCAUUCUAAUACAAAAGGGGUUUGUAGUGCUUGAAAUAAGCUUUAAAAUGAGCACUAUUAAAAGUCUUUUGCACGUAAAAUAAGUGAGCUGUAUUGCAAAUAAGGGAAGCAUCUAAUGUUUUUUCUUUUAAAUCAAUGGGUUUCAUAAGUGCCAUUUCCACCAAAAUUAAAAUUAAUCGUAUUCCGCCUAGAAUUAACUUUAUUAUGAAGAGUUUGAUAGAUAGUAUCAGUUUGGCUGCUUCAGGACACAUAUUUUUCAAAAAAGUCAUGAUUAAAAGAAAAACCAAAAUUUCAAAUUAUUAAAAAUCCCACUUUUUUUUCAUAAUAUCUCAAAAAUGACGACAGAUACGUAUAAAAGUGUACGAUUUAAAAAUUUAGGUAUUUUUCUGAUAAACAAUUUGGUUUUUUUGUAUUUUCUGUCAAAAUAAAAUUGACGGAGAUAUGAUUGUUUAAAGAGCGCGUGGCAGCGCAAUCAUAGCCUCUCUUAAGCCCUUUAACCUUUAAUCGAUUUAGAAAAAGGUUUUUUAAUAUAUAUUGCUAUAAAGAUGUUGUAGCUCUCUUAAUUACCUUUACAAUGGUUUUUCAUAAAUUGUGAUAGCAUGAAAAUUGAAGGAGUUAUGGUCCAAAAACUUAUCAUAUUUUUUUCUACUUAGUAACUGAAAAUUUCGGUGUGUGAAUAUUUGGAGCAAUGUGAAAGUACGCAAUAUAAUAGAGACCCACAACUAUUGUAAUGUGUAUAUAUAAUAUGGCUCAUAUAUUUUGGAAACGUAGGCAUGAAUACAUACUAACGUUCUUAAAUGUAUAUAUAACACAUUUCAUCAUCAUCAUCAUCAUCAUUCAUCCAACGGAUUGGGGGUGGGUCAUGAAUGACGGUUUAUUAAAUCCACUUAAGUCUGUAGAUCCACCCGCACCACAAGAACUGCUGAAAAUGAUUUUUUGCAACUGCAAAAAAGGAUGUGGAGCGUCUUGCGGAUGCAGAAAAGUUGGUCUGUUUUGUAAUAGUACCUGUGGAACGUGCAGUGGAGAUAACUGCCAAAAUAGCCCUCCAAUUCAGCCAGAAGAUGUUGAAUGUGACAGCGACUCAACAAUUUUUAUCAAGGGAUAGUUUUCAAGGGUUUUUGAUAAUUAUUAUAGAGAAUAUAAAAUAUUACUUACUCUAUACUUACAUCUUUUUAUAUCAUACCAAAGUAUUUUUUUGUAAUUUUUUAAUUUAGGGGUUGUUUGCAAGGGUUGAAAGAUUUUCAAGGGGUUGAAAAUGAUUUUAAUAUGAGGUAAUUAUGUUAGAAAAUACUUUACAAUUUCAUCACUUACUAUUAGACAUGUUUUCUAGCGAUAAAAUGGCUCAAUGUCAAUUUUUCCAUUAAGGGGUUGUUUACACCCCUUAAAAAUAAUAGGCGGAGUUCAGAUCAUUUCCACUUUUGAAGUUAAGGGUAAGAUGAGCCUAAUUCCAAAAUUUCAUGCAAAUCGGUACACAGUAAAAAAAUUCGGAGGUAAGACCGUAUUUUUCGCUUAAAUGAAUGCACUACGUCUGUGACGGGAUAUAUUUAAGCAUAUUAGUAUAUAUUUUUAAUACGGAAUGUUCAACUUUUCACUUAACGCCUGCCCGAUCUC